AUGGCACUCCAGGUUCAUUUAAAAUGUUUUAAUCACUUUUGUUUCAUAGGACAAACUAUUCGAGAGAAAAGAAUUAUAGAAGCAGCAAAUAAAAAAGAAGUAGACUAUGAAGUAGGGGAUAUUCCAACGGAAUGGGAAGCAUGGAUUAGAAGAACAAGAAAGACUCCACCUACAAUGGAGGAAAUACUAAAGAAUGAAAAAUAUAGAGAAGAAAUGAAAAUAAAAAGCAAACAUUUUUAUGAAAAUGAAAAACUCCUUAGUAAAGAGACCAACGAGGAACUCUUGGCUCCACCAGUUCAAACUCAGAUCAAAGGGCAUGCCUCUGCUCCCUACUUCGGAAAGGAAGAACCCUCGGUGGCUCCCACUAGCACUGGUAAAACCUUUCAGCCAGGAUCCUGGAUGCCACAAGAUGGCAAGAGCCACAAUCAGUGAAUGCAUUAUGGUAAAAUCUUUUCAUUUAUAUGAAUGUGACUACUUUAACAAAUAAAAGUAGUAAAAAGUUAA